AUUUAAUAUCAUAUUAUUACUAUUUUUUUUAUUUACAUUCACGCAUUUGAAAAUUAUAUAUAUUUUUUCUAAAUACAAGGAAACCUAAUCUUAUUUUGUGAUUUAAGAUAUAUGACAUGUGUUGGCCUUUUUCCUUUACACCUCCUAUAAAUACAUGCCACUUUUCCUAGUUUUGCAUAAGCUCCAUAGUACAACAAUUUAACAUGGCUACUAAAGACAAUUACAGAUCUAUCUUACAUGAGGAAGUUGAGAAUAUCCAUUGGAGACAUGGUGGCCCUCCAACCUAUGAUCUUGUCAAUAAGCUUUUUGAAGAAGGAAGGACCAAAGAAUGGCCAGAAGGAUCAUUGGAGGAGACUGUUCAAAAUGCUAUUAAAUCAUGGGAGAUGGAGCUCUCACACAAGAUCCGUUUGCAAGACUUCAAGACUAUUGUCCCUGAAAAGUUUAAGCUCUUUGUUAAUGGCAGGGAGGGAUUAAGUGCAGAGGAAACUCUAAGCGUAGGAAGUUAUAAUGCUUUGUUGAAAAGUUCUUUACCAAAAGAUUAUAUGCCAUACAAUGCAAAUGAAGAGACUUUUGAAUCAUCUCAUGAAGUGUUCAAAUCAGCUUUUCCUCGCGGAUUUGCUUGGGAAGUGAUUAAAGUAUACACAGGUCCACCUGAAAUUGCUUUCAAGUUUAGGCAUUGGGGCUUCUUUGAAGGUCCUUUCAAAGGACAUGCCCCUACUGGAAAAAUGGUCCAAUUCUUUGGCUUGGGAACUCUCAAGGUGGAUGACACUUUGAAGGUUGAAGAGGUGGAGAUUUACUAUGACCCAUCAGAGUUGCUUGGAGGCCUUCUAUCAAGUGGAGACAACACCAAUGUUUCAGCAUGUCCUUUCUCAACUUAAUGGGUUAUUUACAAUAUCAAUAAACUACUACUAUUUUAGUCUCUAAAAAUAUACAGUAUUGUCAUUUUAGUUUUUGAUUUAAUAAAAAAUUUAAAUUAAUUUUCGAAUCAUAAAAUGUUAGUCAGUUUAAUAAAAUGACAAUAUCUUAUAUUUUUAGAGACUAAGUUAAUAAUUUAAUUUUUAGAAUAAAUAAAGGUACUUGUGAGACUGAAUAGUAACCUUUUAAUCUAGUUGUGUUUCUAGAAUCAAUCUAUAAGGGCAGGGUUAUUUAAAAAAUAAAUUAUUUGUGUUUCUAUUUUGUGAUAAACUAUGGAAAAUACAUGUUGUUAUGUGCUAUAUUUUGUUUCUA